GGUGGCGGCGGUGUGGGCGGGGCUUCGGUCCCACCCGCCCACCUCUCCUUUUCUCUCGCGCUAUCAAGUUGGGUUGAGCGGCAGCCGCUGGUUAGAGAGAGAGAGCGCGACAGAGAAAGAGAGAGAGCGACAGAGAGAGAGAGAGAGAGAGCGCAGGCGGAGUGUCUGGGUUUGGAGCUGUGUGAGGAGGCGGAGGGCUGACACUUUGACAGGAACCGCUGCGGGUGUGUGAGAGAGAGAGAGAGAGUGAGAGAGGGAGAGGCGGGCGCUCGGCACAGUUCAGUUCAACAACAAACGCUCCGGAGAUGCCGAAAGAAAAGAAAUCCACAGCACUAGAUUCAUUUGAGGAUGGAUUAGUAAACCUGAAGGAUAUUUCUGUAUGGAGAGAAGAUGCAAAAAAGUUCCAUCUGAAACAGAAGCUAGAAGAAAAAGAACAGGAUGAAGGAAUUGAUAAAGAAGAGGAAGGGGAUAUUAUUCAAGAAAAUGCCAAGACAGCAGAUAAAGAGAUUCAAUCUGGAGGAGGUGAUGCAAAACCUAAAGAUAGCCCAGCAGAACAUGCAGAUGAUGACGAUGAAGAGGUGUCUGACCCCCAAAAUACUAAUCUGAGUGAUAAGGUUUCACUCUACAGAGGCGAUAUAACAAAACUUAAAAUUGACGCAAUAGUAAAUGCAGCGAACAAGAGUCUGCUUGGAGGAGGUGGAGUUGACGGCUGUAUCCACAGAGCUGCAGGGCCGAAAUUGCUGUCAGCGUGUCGUCAGCUUAAUGGCUGUAACACUGGGGAAGCCAAGAUAACACCGGGCUUCGACCUUCCUACAAAACAUGUCAUCCACACUGUAGGGCCGAUAGCUAAAGGAAACUGUGAUGAACGUCUCAAACGGCAACUGAAAAGCUGCUACGACUCCUCCCUGAAGCUGUUGGAGACUCAGGAUUUGAAAUCCAUUGCAUUCCCUUGUAUAUCCACUGGUAUCUAUGGUUUCCCGCAAGAUGAUGCAGCUGAAAUUGCAGUGUCGACCAUCAAAGAGUGGCUAUUUGAAAAACGAGCACCGGUUGAUCGCAUUAUCUUCUGUGUUUUCUUGGAAAGCGACCAUAAGAUCUACAAGGAGAAAAUGCUGCAGCAUUUUCCUAUAGAUGAAGAGGACCUGAACCUACAAACACCGCCUGCGAAGAAGUAUAAAAAUAAAGACUUAUUGGAAAAGGGUGAUGACAAGAGCAAAGCAUCAGCAGAAGAAAAUCUAGAUGCCAAAACAGAAAGUUCUCCAAAGCAGAGAGAGGAUGUUAUGGAAUCACCCUUACCGUCAGAAAGUCACAGCGAUGAAUCUAAAUCGGCUGAUGUGUGUAUGGACAGUCAGGUGGAUGACACGCCUGUGGACAGUGAAAUGCAUAGCCAGCCAGAGCCCCAGGUCUCAGAAAUAGAGAUGGGAAGCUCGCAGGAGGAGCCUGCAGGUUCACAGAAAAUGAGUGAUGGUGAUGAAAAUUCGCAAACUCAAGGGGAAGAUAAGGAGCACAUACCCUAUAUUGAUGAUAUUGAAGAAGAGACCGAAAAGUGAAACGAAAGCGAGGAUUCAGGCUGCCAAACUCAAGAUAUGUCUGUUUGUGAAGGCAGACAUAAACCCCCACCCACCCCACCCCACCCCGUAGACCUCCUGGAAGGCUAACGGAACAUACUUGUGCUUGAGUUUAGAUAGCCAACUUGUUCAUUUUUGUGGAUCGAAAUUCAGUUUGUAUUAUGUUUCGUAAUUGUACUAUUGAAUAGAAUUUUUUUCUGGCCUGAUCUUGUGCUUCUAAAUAGCAAUACUGUUCCUCGCACUGCCUGCAGCUGCUGUUUUAAAUUGAGUCAGACCUUUGAUCCAGAUGUUGGAUCUGCUUCACACCGUGGCCGAGCGAGCUGAUUGCGUUCAUUGCAGCUGCACUGGGACGCAUUGGGUUACCCAACUACUUUCAUUUGUAUAGCACCCUCACUCAGGGUAGCAUUCCCAGAGCGCUUGAGAGUGGGGGAGCACGACACCGAGCCAUGGGGAGGGAGGAGGUGACCAUGGCAUCAUCGAAGAGGAAAGUCUUAAGGCGCGACCUGAAGAUGGGGAAGGAGGGGGUAAGGAGGAUGGAUAGAGGAAGAUUAGAUUACAUUGGGUCACAUUGAGUUACACUGGGUUACAUCCAUCUUUUAAUCACUACUUACUUUACACUGGCUUACACUGUUUCACACCACGAAAUAUGAAGUCAAUUCACUUACAGAAUAUCCUGUGAAGCGCUUUAAAACGUCUCAAUGACGUGAUAAGAUGCUACAUCAAAUGUAAUUAUUAUUAUUUAUUAUUACUUUAGAAACUAUUUUAGAUAUAAGGAUACAAUAAUCCCGUCAUGGACGGGCUGAACAGCCUAUUUCUGGGGCUUGUCACUCAGUGUAAUACUAUUGUUGGUGGCUGAACAAAUCCUAACUUUACCUAACUCACUAACCACCACUACUGCGUCUCCAGGAAGCCUUGACUAGCCUAACCCUGGCUCUUAUCAACCACCUGAGCCACCUAUUUGGGGAGGCUAGUAAAGGGCAGCUUAUUCUUGCAGCAUCUUAAGAGCUCGUCCUUUCGACACUCUCAGCCGGUAUUGAGCACUGGAACCCACAUACAACAACACUAUAGUGUCACAAGUCCUUUGGAUGGCCCUGCUUAUUGCAAUGGGGAUUUUCAGUGACUGGGAUAGAUGGUGCUCUCACCAUGUCCCGAGCACAGAGCCACGGAAACAGCUGUGCUUCCCAUGGAAUCCAUUGGGAAAUUGAAUCUAUUCCAAAAUAAUACCUCUGCGUUUUCCCCUGAAACUGGUUUAUGCUCCAUCAGACCCUGAGGGAUGCCAAACAGCUAUAGGAAUGUAAAAAUGCCUCCUAUUCCUUAAACGUUCUGCCAGCUCUGUACGACAAUAGCUGCGACGACCUUGUCAUGGGUUUGUAACUGAUUGGAAGUCGCCACAAGGCUGUGACUUUUUCGCCACAGCUGAAAAACCGCAGUUAAAAAUACUUCAGCAAUCCAGCGUUCCCUCCUGUUGGAUCUGCAGUAGAACCUGCCGGAAGGUUUCUCUUAGUCUAGAAAUAAUCCGGGGCAGUGAUAACAACAACUUGCAUUUGUAUAGCGUUGCUUCACACAGGGCAAUGCUCUUAAAUAGCCCUUCAUCAGAGGUUUCUGAAGAGCCCUCAAAUAAUUGACUUUUUUUAAAAAAGUUAUGGUGAGGGGAGGGUCAGCUGAAACUUUUUUCAAAACACGAAGCAAAAUGUAACAAUAAAGGUUCGCUCUUUCCAAUUCUAACCCGUUCCCAGGGACUUGGGACGUCCUCCUGACGUUAAUAGCACUAUACACGUGUAACUCUUGUUGUUCCUUUAGAUAAGAACAUCAACAGCGCCCCUCACGCAAGGUAGCAUCCCCAGAGUGAUCGACAGUGACGGAGCACAAAUGCCGGGGAGGGGAAGAUGACCAUAGAGGAAGGUCGAAGAGAAAGUUGCCAGAUAAAUUAGUCACUAAGCUUAGGCAUUUAGUUCUUGUUGCUAUCAUGCCUCUCUCUCUCUCCCCCACCCCUCCCUCUCUCUCCCCCUCUAUCUUAGUCCAAAGAAGAAAGGGCUGUACGAAAGCGCUCCGAAACGCCCUCUAGCGUGAAGGCCCUCUAUAUAGAUGCAAGUUGUUGUUGUAGCCUGAACCCCUUGCUCACCUCCUGAAUUGCAGCCUCUAGCCCUUCAUUCACCUUUUAAUCACACUUCCUAAUUGAUUUCAAGUAUCAAGGUCCGUCUGACGUGCAUUUAAACACAAUACAAUGUAAAAUUAUAUCAACGUAACUCCUUUCCCUUCAGGACGGUGUCCCAAGGCGCUGGUAUAGAUAGCGUGUUCCGUGUCCGUGCACCACUUUUUUUUGGGGGGGGGUUUAAUGGAAAUAAAUGUGUGUCCCUUCAAUGCUUUGAAUUUAGAUGACGAGGUUAGUUAUUGUCGUGGCAACCGAGGGAAGAAGCUUGAGGCCUUUUUAUUUUGAGCUGCGGACACCCGUAUUAGCUGUGAGCCACGCACACCAGCGCUCUCGUCGAGGCACGUAAUGCUGCAGAUCCCACUGCUGGAAUCAUCAGAGCAGCCUCACAGCUGGACUUUAUCUUAAAAUUACAUCCCCUGUGGCUCUGCGGAUGUAAAAUGCUGAAGCAGCAAUUUUGCGGUUCCAAUGACUUCUAGAUCAGUACGGGAGGUGUCGUAACGUGUCGUUCCGACACAUACACUACCCCUCCCCGUGCGCUUGUUUUCGAGUAAUAGUUUUCGCUUUACGAAAUAUCGCGUUGCUGCUGAGGCUUUGUAACUUUCGUGCCAAAUCGGCUUGGAAAAGGGAGAAGGCGCAGGGGAAAGGAAGGGAAGAGUACAAUGAUUUGGCAAUCGUAGCCCGAUCGCCCUCACUAUCCGGCUCAAGCUCUUGGGUGCUGGAAAGCCAUCGUUAUUCAGGGGUGUUAGGGAAUGAGAGGGGAGCGUGAAAACGAGGCUUUGAUCUCAUUCAGAAAAGGUGAACGGCAACUCUUUGUGGAUUUGUGAGUCUGCAAACAGUUGCCUGGCCUCGUAGUGAACGUGGGUGCCCAACAAGAGAACAUUUCUGGAAGUGGGGCUUCGAUACCAACUCCUAAUCAUAGAUGCAAGCUCCUCGGUUGAUGCGGGUGGAAGAGGGAAGGAGGCAGUGAAGUUGAGGUGUGAGAUGUUACCUGUGGACACUGCUCUGUGGACGAAACCGUGUUUCCCUCAACAAAACCAUUCAGCAGACUCUCUUUGUCUACUUCAUACGUUCAAUUAAAACAACACACUGCAGUGCACGCAUGCUUAGCUUUAGACUAUGUUUAGCUAGACGUCAUACUUUGCGUAGAUUUUUCUGGAAAACAGACAAUACGGUAUAUAAAUAUUUUUUCCAUCUGAGACGCUUCAGAGGUUUGCCUUACCCGAACGUAUGUAAUUGUAACUGGCAGUCGUUGCUCAUAGACUUGAACCAAAUAGAUCAAGGCUGGAGAAUAUCUUGUGGAUCUGCUGCCUCGUUGCGAACUGUCGCAGAUCCUAUUGUGAAUGAGCCCGUAUUACAUAUUAAAAAAAGGUUGUUUUUCUUUUCUCUUUCUCUCUUAUUCUGUCUGUGCCAUGACUUUGGGGUAUAAUUGAUAUGAAAUGAUGCCUUCACUUUAUUAUGUCUGUUCAAUAAAUUGGAACGAUUACAGCA